AUGGCAAGCUGUGCUGCCAAAGGAGGUUGCCCCACUGACUACAUAGCCAUUGCUGUGUCCAUUCUUUCCUUCACUGUGCUUCUCUUAUGGUCCAUAAUUCCCUUCAUAGUUCACAAGGUUCCUCGUACCAAAGGCAGUGGCUUCUGGAUACCUGUAAUUCAAGUUGUUGCCAGCUUCAUCCUUCUUCUAUCGCUUGUGAUAUCGAAUAAUUACUUGAAACUUGGAGAUAGACAUUGGUGGCGGUCAUGCUACCUAUGGGGAGUCUGGGGUGAAGGUCCACUAGGGUUUGGGUUACUCUUCAGCUGUCGCAUUACACAGGCUUCACAAUUAUAUUUUAUCUUUGUGAAGAGACGUUUACCACUGAUAAGAUCAUAUAUUUUUCUUCCACUUAUUCUACUUCCCUGGAUUGCUGGUGCUGCUGUUAUCCAUUGGAUGAAGCCUCUAAGCAGUCGCUGCCACAUGAGAGCUCAAUGGACCAUCCCAGUUAUAAGCCUUCAUUCAUUGUAUAUUGCUAUUUUGGUUGGGGUUACAACUGCUGUUCAUCACAUAGAGUUCAGGUUUGAUGAACUCAAAGAUCUCUGGCGGGGAAUACUUGUAUCAGCUGUGUCCAUUGCUGUUUGGGUUACUGCUUACACACUAAAUGAAAUUUAUGACGAUAUCUCAUGGCUUCAAGUUGCCUCUAGAUUUAUGCUUUUAGUUGUGGCUAGUAUACUUGUGGUGGCUUUCUUUUCAAUAUCAAGUUCUCAACCACUUCUCUCACAAAUAAGUUUGAGGAGAAGAGAAACCCUAGAAUUUCGAACGAUGAGCCAGGCUCUGGGCAUACCUGAUAGUGGGGUAUUAGCACAAAGUGAACCAAUUUUAAGGAUAGAUCCUAAUGAACCAUUGGAUAAGCUUCUCUUGAACAAGAAAUUCCGGCAGUCUUUUAUGGCAUUUGCUGAUAGUUGCUUGGCUGGGGAGAGUGUGCACUUCUUUGAUGAAGUAUAUGAGCUUAGUAAAAUACCUGAAGAUGACUGUGUGAGAAGGAUCUAUAUGGCACGCCAUAUUAUUCAGAAAUACAUAGUUGCAGGUGCGGCUAUGGAGGUGAACAUCUCUCAUAGAAGCAAACAAGAAAUUUUGUCUACUUCCAACCUCGCACACCCUAAUCUCUUCCAAAAUGCACUCAACGAGAUCAUUCAGUUGAUGAGAACAAACUUGGCUAGAGAUUACUGGUCAUCAAUGUUCUUCCUGAAGUUCCAGGAAGACUCCAAUGUGAGAUCUAAUGAGUAUGAACUGGAGCACAUGACAGGGUGGAACUUUUCCCCAAGGUUGAGUUCUGUGCAUGGUGCAGAUGAUCCUUUUCAGCAGGACCAUCUUCUCAAGAGCUCAGGCUGUAGCAGUGAUACUACUGUCUUAUGA